AUGGGCUCCAGUGCUGAACUCAGUUUCGAUGAAAAAGCUUUGUUAUCAAGUGCUGAAGCUUCAAUACCGCUUUGGCUAAACUGUGCGGCUACAGCCGCUGCACUACCAUUCGAACAAAGUUUCCUGAUGGCACAACGAUCUGCAAGGAUCGGCUGCAGCGGCAGCAAUUGGCCAAAUAUGUUCAGGGCCGAGCGGAAGAGCGCUCCAGCCGCAGUCACUCCUAGCGCUGCUAAUAACUGCUUCUCUAUUAAUCGCUUGCUUGGAGCAUCUGUCGCUCUCACGCCGAAACCUGCGCCGAACGAGGAACAAGCUUCUGGAACUGUCCCGAAAGAUCCAGAACCUGCUGCCACGCAAAUUCCGGGGAAAGAAGCAGCUUCCAGCAGCGGCAUUAAAUCGAACAGUGAAGGAACCAAAACUGAGAACGAUCUGCUUGCCGCGCUGCAUGCUACUACACGAUUACAUUCUGUUCCGUCAAUACCGCUGAAUCAGGAUGCCACAUCAGCUCUUAAUUUCCCAAAGUCGAUGGGCAGUAAUGGUUCCAUUUCGGAUCGGAAGUUAAUGGGCUCCAGUGCUGAACUCAGUUUCGAUGAAAAAGCUUUGUUAUCAAGUGCUGAAGCUUCAAUACCGCUUUGGCUAAACUGUGCGGCUACAGCCGCUGCACUACCAUUCGAACAAAGUUUCCUAAUGGCACAACGAUCUGGUAAGCUUACCCGUUAA